UAGUGAACGGCAGCUGUUUGAUGACGCGACGGCGAACACAUGUCAACAUGCAUCAUGCAUAUUUAUGCCGCAUGCGAAUGCCGUAUUGUGCGAGCGACAAUACUGUACGUGUAUAAAGCCUCGCUGACUAGAUUCGACUGCACAUAGUUCGAGUGAAAAACUGAAGAGAAAGACCGAGUUAGAGAUGGCGAUUGGAAAAAUGUCUGGAGAAAGCGUGAAAGUAACCGGUGAAGAUCUUAUCUGGAACACUGAGCUUGAAGUCAGUCUCUUCUAUGCUAUGAGAGGACACAAACCUGUUGGUGUUAACAAGAAUUUUCAGAUGAUGUGUAUCCACGAGAAGUUCAACCAGGCCACAGGUCGUCAGGUGACCUCCAAACAGAUAUGGGACCACCUGGAAACCUUGUAUGACAUGCAGGCAUUGCAUGAGUCAGAGAUCUUGCCCUUCCCCAACAAAGAGGUGGACUUCUCUCUACCGACGAGUGAAUUCCAGGAGAUGAUGCAACAGAGAGGCAAGUCUGGAGAACCCUUCAAAGGCUUCUCAUCCUCAUCACAUGAUAGUGAAGGCUCCAAAUCGGACUCUGCAAGAUCAUCCAUCAAAUUUGGCACACCGAGCGGCGUCACUGCGGGCACACCAUCGGAGAAGGACAACUCGCCCAAGAGGAAGAGAACGCGGCAAGCUGGUACUCCAACAGAAACGCCCUCAACUAAACGCAGGAGAUGAAAGAUGCCUUCUGGAAGCUAGAAAGGACAUGUGUAGCUCUGUCAGUAGCCUUGUAUGUAUUCGGCCUUUCGGAGAAGAACUUCUAAGAUGAAUAGGAAUGAUGCUUGUUCGGAUCAAGUUUGAUUCAAAGGCAAAUUCUAGCUGUCGCAAGUCACAACUUGGUUCAUUGCCUCAAUGCCUGUAUUGUGAUUACAACGACUGUCGGUCUAAGGGAAUGAUAGCAGUGAUCUGGUUAACUGUAUUGUUUUUCACUUAUGUUGGACAUUCUUGUACAGUCUUCAAUCAUGGAUUCAUCAGGUUUUUGUGUGGAUAUCUCAGAGUUUGGUGAAAAAGAAGGAAUUUGAGCUUGAUAUUGGACUCCUCCUUUUGUAUAACUGACCCUCAAUAGAUUUUCUUUUGUUUUAUUAAAGAAAUUAAUCUAAAACAUCAGGUGUUCUUGUGUGAUUGUUGGAUUGCUUUAUUUGUAUGAAGCAAAUUUAAUGCUGUUUUGCCAACUCGACCAACUGCCGAUAUCUGAAGGGAUUGGGGUGAGGGAAUAGGGCUAAAGUUUCAUCAUACCUGUUGUGGGAUUUACUAUAGAAGUUGAGAUUAUUCAUGCACAGAUUAUGGACCCAAAUACUUCAGUCUCUUAUAGCGACCACUGUUCAACUGAUAUUACAUGUACAUCAGGUUCCACUGUAGUACAGGGAAGGUUGGCAAAUGCUGUUUUUAUUAAAGAAUUCCUCUUCAAAGUUCAAACCAGACAGUUAAUUUCCAAGUUAAAUAGAUUAUUACUUUCUAAAAAUCAACAAUUUUAUCUGGUUGAAAUUGAAAAGCGAUAUUGGCAUGAUUUAUCAGGUUGAAAAUUUGACAAACAUGAAGGUUGUUUUGAUCAUGCCUAUUUAGUACGGGUAGAUAAAUGUGCUGGACAUAUUUAACCCCCCCCCCCCUCUUUUUGUUUUUGUCAAAGCAUUUUUUUCUAUGCCAUCAGAUGUACAUGUAUAUCCCCUAGUGUAUAAACGGUUGUUAAGCAAAAUGACAUAAAUGACAUAAAAGGGCAAUAUUGUUCAAAUGCUUUCCCGCUUUGUCCUCAGAGGCACGUAUCAUGUACCGUAACUCUUUAUCUUCAGUGUGCAAAAUUGCCCAGUUUUCAUUGUUUUUUCAAAUUAAUUUUAUGGCUUGAUAAAUAUGUGGGCAACAUCUGUUUUGGAAUAUUUAUUUACAUUGUUUAUCUAUGAUUUUGAUGUGCAUGUACAGGCCCUGUAUGAGAAAUUGCCAACAGGGAGUUUUUUUCAUUUUCCUUUGCAAAGUGUUGCCAAUUUUAAGAUUUAAUUUGAAUUUCUACAUUUAGCACAAUUUGAGUGUACUUCUUCAGAAAAAUGUUUUGAACCACAAUUUCUUUUUGCAUGGAUUACCGAAAAAGCCUUCAGUAAUGCAUAACAUAUUACAUCCAUUAUGAUCAUCAUCUGGAGUUUUAUUCAAAAUAAAUAGAAUUAUUAUAAAAAUAAAAUUCUUAGUUUUGUUGUGAAAGUUAGAUUUUAUGAGUCAUUAAAAUGCUCGAUCUUGUUAAAUCAUAUUCAAGUUGCCAUUUUUGUUUUUAUUGGACAACCCGUCACUACCUGAAAGUUGCAUUUUUUGUGGAUCUUAUGAUUCCUAUACUAUAUUUAGGGUGUCUCUACUAGACAUGUAGGCAAAUUUAAAUCUCUCGGCCUGUUAAAAGUACAUGUAUGCACUACAUUUAUAAGAACAGCUUUCUGCAGUCAGAGAAAUUGGACAAAAAAAAUGUGCAGUGAUUUCACACUUCUCCUGUUUUGUGUAAUGUGUAUUUAUAUACAUGUACAUGUAAUUUUGAGCAUUGUAAAUGGAUACAUCAUUCAUGCCACAGUAAAAUUGCACUUUGUUUUUUACAUGUGUAUAAAGAAAUGAUAUUGACUUCUGUUCUUUUGUAUUCUGUUGGACGUUGUAUGACAAAAAGGAAUACAGAAUUUGUUCACAUUUGUAUAUUAUUUAAUCUUGACAAUUGAAUAAAAUUUCUAAAGAAAAGUACUGUAA